AUGGUUCGCUUCACUGCUAUUGCUAUUCUGGCUUUUGCCGCAUCUGCCCUGGCGGCCCCUCAAGGCGCCAACAACGGCGGAGACCAGAUCUUUGACUUCAACGACAAGCCCUUGAAGGGCGAUAAGAAGGCCAAGUUUUUGGACUUGGAGAAGCAGGGCGAUGCCAAGUUCGAGGAGCUCACCAAGACGUAUACUCCGGAACAACAGCAAUUAGAGAACGACCUCAACUCGAUUCAUAGUCAGAUGGAUGACAUUCUUGGCGUUCCCAAGCAGCAGCAGUAG